AUGGCGCGAUCUCCGUGUUGGGGCUCCUGUGUGGCCCUGGUCCCCCUGCUCCUCUUGGCCCUGGGCUGGUCCUCUGCCACUCCCUCCGGCCCCGCCUCGGCCACCUGCGCCACCCUGGAGCAGAGCCGCUUCUUCGGGGUGUUCAACUCCACCGCCGCCCUUCCCUCCACGCCCUGCUCCUGGACCCUGCAGAACCCCGACCCUCGCCGCUACACCGUCUACAUGAAGAUCACCAAGCCUACCGACUCCUGCCUGCCACGCCAGAUCAAGACCUUCCAGUUCGACUCCUUCAUCGAGACCUCACGCACCUACCUGGGUAUGGAGAGCUUCGACGAAGUGGUCCGUCUCUGCGACGCCUCUACCACGGUCACCUACCUGGAAUCCACCAAGCAGUUCCUGCAGCUGCGCAAGGUCAUGCCCAGGAACGGCCUGGAAGUGGCGGAGAGGGAGGGCAACGGAGAGUUCAAGACCGAGUUCCUGGUUGUAGGCAAGAGGAACCCCAGCAUGCCAGCCUGCCAGAUGCUCUGUCAGUGGCUUGAAAAGUGCCUGUCCACAAGCACCCACGACAACCCCUGCGGGAUCAUGAACACCCCCUGCCAGUGCUGGGAGACUCCCCAGAGGAGACCUGGAGGCUGUUUCAGAGCCGGGAUCUGGGUGGAGAAGUGCAUGCCAGUGCCCAGGGACAACGGACGCGAUGCUGAGAUCAUCAAAGGCUGGAGCAGCUGGGGUCGCUGGUCAGAGUGCAGCCAGGAGUGCGGGGGCGGAGUCCAGGUGCGCAGCAGAUCCUGCCAACCAGAGGACAGCAUGUGCGAGGGCGUGGUCGAGGAGGGGCGUGCCUGCAACCCUCAGCCCUGCAUUGGUAAAGUUCGCACCCAGAGCCAAUCCCUGCGCUCCAACGCCGGUCUGAAGAGAGACAACGUGGAGAACCCCAACACUGGAGUCAUAGCGACACAAACCGUGGAGGCCGUGGUUGAUGAGUGGUCCCCCUGGAGCACGUGUUCCGUCACCUGUGGGGAGGGCUGGCAGAGUCGGACACGCUUCUGUGUCACCUCCUCCUACAGCACUCAGUGCACCGGGCCUCUCCGCGAGAACCGCCCCUGCAACAACACCGCCGUCUGCCCCGUGGAUGGAGCUUGGGAUGAGUGGUCUCCAUGGAGCCUGUGCUCCUCCACCUGUGGACGAGGGUUCCGUGAACGUUCCCGCACCUGCAAGCAGCCCCAGAACGGAGGAGAACCCUGCAGGGGGCCGGCCAAACAGACCAAGUUCUGCAACAUCGCAGUCUGCCCAGUGGACGGAUCCUGGAACGAGUGGGCCGGGUGGAGCCCCUGUUCCGCGUCCUGCUCCAACGGAACCAUGCAGAGAACCCGGGAGUGCAACGGCCCGUCCUACGGUGGCUCCGAGUGCCGCGGAGACUGGCAGGAGACGUCCAACUGCUUCCUGAAAGACUGCCCAGUCGACGGGCGCUGGGUAUCUUGGAGCUCCUGGGGAAGCUGCACCCGGACAUGCGGAGGCGGGAACCAGCAGAGGCGCAGGUCCUGCGAGGGGCCCUUCUUCGGAGGGGAGCCUUGCCCAGGAGACAACGGAGAGAUGAGGCGCUGCAACGACAAGAGAUGCCCAGAACCCCACGAGAUCUGCCCAGAGGAGAACAAUGGGGAUGUCAUCUGGAAGAAAACUGCUGCUGGAGACCUGGCUGCUGUCAACUGUCCCUCCGGAUCCACAGGCUUGAUCCUUCGCAGAUGCACCCUGGAUGCCAUCGGUCUGGCCUUCUGGGAAAACCCCAGCCAUGUCAAGUGUGUUUCCAAGGACUACCAGGACAUCUACAUGCUGGCCCAGGACCAAGUCUCCAAGUCGCAGACAGGGCUGAUGGGAGAUGGAGUUUCCGAGGUGAUCUCCCGGCUCAAGGCCACAUCGGACGAGGGCACCCAGUACAGCGGAGACUUGCUGGCCACGGUUGAGGUGCUGAGGAACACCACAGAGCUGUACAAGGGAUCCAGAUCCAGCCUGAACAACGCAGACGUGCAGAACUACGCCCAGAUUAUUAGCAACUUGCUGAAGGAAGAACACCGCGAUAAAUGGGAGGAGGCGCAACUGAUGGGGCUUAACGUCAAGGAGUUCCUUCGUCUGGUCGAGGACUUUGUGGACAUGAUCGGCAUGCAGAUGAAGGACUUCCAGGACAUUUAUGAAGUCACCGAGAAUUUAGUGCUGAGCAUCCAGAAGCGACCCACUGCCGUGACCUCAGACUUCAGCUUCCCAGUGCAGGGCUGGAGGGGCAUGAUGGACUGGGUCAGAACCUCUGAGGAAAAGAUUACAGUUUCCCGCAACGCCCUGUCCAUCGACCAGCCUGAGGGCACCACUGCAUUUGUGACUGGCAUCGUCCUGUACAGAAACCUGGGCUCCAUCUUGGCUUUCCACAGCAACAGCACCAUCCUCAACUCUAAGGUCGUCUCGGUCAUAGUGAAGCCCACCCCAACCCUCCUGUCCUCCCCAGUGGAGAUCGACUUCCCCCACCUCCACAAUGGAACCGUCAACGAGACAUGCAUCUCCUGGGACCAGAGCGAAACUUCGUCUCUGCUAGGAUCUUGGACUGCGCGAAGCUGCAGAGCGGUUGCCGUUGAUUCAUUCAGAACCAAAUGCGUGUGUGACAACCUCUCCACCUUCGCCAUUUUAUCGCGGAUCAAUCCCGAUUCGAUGAUGGAUAAGUCUCUGCUGCCGUCCGUCACCCUCAUCGUGGGCUGUGGCGUCUCCUCCCUCACCCUGCUCCUCCUCAUCAUCAUCUACGUCUCUGUCUGGAAAUACAUCCGCUCCGAGCGCUCCGUGAUCCUCAUCAACUUCUGCCUCUCCAUCAUCUGCUCCAAUGCCCUCAUUCUGAUUGGACAAACCCAAGCUCGCAACAAGGUGUCCUGUGCGCUGGUGGCAGCUCUCCUUCACUUCUUCUUCCUGUCCUCGUUCUGCUGGGUGCUGACGGAAGCUUGGCAGUCCUACAUGGCUGUCACAGGCCGUCUGCGCAACCGCAUCAUCCGCAAGCGUUUCCUUUGUCUCGGCUGGGGUCUUCCUGCCCUGGUCGUGGCUGUUUCUGUGGGGUUCACCAAGGCGAAGGGAUAUGGCACCGUCAACUACUGCUGGCUCUCUCUGGAGGGUGGAUUACUCUACUCCUUCGUUGGACCCGCUGCCGCCGUCGUCCUGGUGAACAUGGUGAUUGGUAUUCUGGUCUUCAACAAGCUGGUGUCCAAGGACGGCAUUACGGACGUGAAGCUGAAGGAGAGAGCAGGGGCGUCACUGUGGAGCUCUUGCGUGGUUCUGCCACUGCUCGCCCUCACCUGGAUGUCGGCCGUGCUGGCCAUCACCGACCGCCGCUCCGCCCUCUUCCAGAUCCUGUUCGCCGUGUUUGAUUCGCUGGAGGGCUUCAUCAUCGUCAUGGUGCACUGCAUCCUGCGCAGGGAGGUCCAGGAGGCGGUGAAGUGUCGCGUUGUCGACCGCAAAGACGACGGGAACGGAGACUCCGGCAGCUCCCUCCAACACGGACAGGCCCAACUUUUGCAGUCUGAUUUCGAGAAGGACGCUGAUUCCAGCAGACCAGGCACGAUGAGUACCUUAGAGGAGAAAAUGUCCCCACCCCAGCUGCCUCCACCAAUGAGCUCCAACUUCCACACCCUCCCCGCCCACACCACCAAGGCCCACAUGCAAGCGGUGCCUGAAUACUCCAGCCACACCCUCACCCUGAAGCGCGAGAAGACCCGUCUGGGCGGUAUGGACCCAUCGUGCGGCAAACCGGUCUACGUGUGCGACGGCGAGCUCUUCCAGCAGCUGGACGCCAGCCUGGCCCGCGGUCAGGCCGAGGGCAGCGCCCCGGACGGCAGCGGAUACGUCCUCAUGCCCAACAACACGUCCACCCUGCGCACCAAGCCCAAAGACGACCCGUCCAAGUACAACAUCAGCGUGGACCAGCUCCCCCAGACCAGGCUGGUGCACCUCAGCGGGCCCUUCGCUGAACCCCAAGCCGCCUUCGGUCUGAAGAGCCUGCCGUCCGAUCGCGUCAGUGUGACGUACUCCGAGAGGGACUCUCCCGUCCAGAACCUGCACAACAUGUCCAGCGAGUCCCACAUCACUCACAGCAGCCUGGGGGACACUUUCGACUCCAUGAACUCGAUGAUGUCCAAGAGUGAGACCAUCUCGACUCUGUCCAUGAGCUCUCUGGAGAGGCAGAAAUCUCGUUAUGCUGAAUUGGACUUUGAGAAGAUCAUGCAUACAAGGAAACGCCACCAGAACAUGUUCCAGGAUCUGAACAGGAAGUUGCAUCACGCUGAGAAAGACAGAGAGUCUCCUGCUUCUGACAGCAAGUCAGUGAGAUGGAGCGUUUCCUCUGGCGGAAGUGACAAAACAAACCACAGCGACAAACAGCAGCCACCCAUGGAGAGACCCUGGGAGGGCAUUCAGAGAACCCAGCACUCACCCCCAUCCUGGGUGAAGAGGGACCUGGAGCCCCUGGCAGCCUCUCCCCUGCAGAUCCAAGCGGGGGAAUGGGAGAAAGCAGCCACCUCCAUCCCUCUGGUGGGCCAAGACAUCAUCGACCUGCAGACGGAGGUCUGAGUCCUUUUUUCUUCACCUCGGUCACCUGUUGGUUUGGGGGAUGAGAACGUGUCCACGUGGGGAUGGUGCUGAGCCAGCCUGGGAAAGAGUGUUGAGCGAAGAAGGCAGGAGGAUGGAAGAGCGAGAUGUUUUGGACCCAGAAACCAUGUCUUUUCAACCCUCGGAAGGAGAAGAGGAAAGGCUAGCUGACCUGGUGUGCUGUUUGACUCUCAGCAUUGACUUUUGAAACACCGGCGAGUCCACGAGUGGAAACUGGCAAGUCAGAAGCCAGUCGGGUGGAUUCCAGCGGACAAGGAUCGGUUCCGGUUUUGCGAUUCCGUUCGAGAGUUUUUCCCCGUUCUCUUCCGUCCCAGGCUUGGGAGAUGUGGUCAUGGCAACGCCUGCGCUUCAAUCUCUCUGAUUCCCUUCGAAAACAGCGGGCUGUCCUAGUCCAGAGGACCAGUCCAGCACUGGCUGGCCGCGGACAGUGGACAGCCCAGAAACCCAUUCCAAGGCAGGAUGUUGCAGCGCCCAGCUCACUCCCUGAGACAGGACUCCCCCUCAGGCCUCAGGCUUGGGGGUCUGGCUCGGUAGUGAACCCAUGGACAGUCGGACGCGAGUUCUUCUGUUUAUGUGGUUGUGGUAGUAGUUGUGGUUGUAGUUGUGGUUGCUUCCCACAACUACAGCUUCUGAGGAGGAGAGGCUGAAAACUGUUCGUUGGACUCUCAACACGGAGACAAGGCUUGACCACGCUUACUUACAGAGCUGAACAUUAUUAUUAUUAUUAUUACUGCCAUUUAUCAGUAUCAUUGGUAUGAUUGUGAUUACCUGUGUUUUGUUUUUCGUUUUCAUCGCACCCGACUUUGUUAGUCAUUUGACGUUUUUUUGUACUGUUUGCUGAGAUAUCAUAAGGUUCCAAAAUAAUGGGUAGAAUAUCGCACGGUAAUUCCUCAAAAGGACUGCAGAGCACGGGGACAGACAUGAGGAUGAUAGUGGUACUGGUGACGGUAGCCAAACUCGUUCGUGGCUCACCUUCCUUACCACAUCACAGGCUCCAGGGACAACCUAGCCUCUUUCUAAGGAGGAGCAGUGCAUUCUGGGAACUUGCUGUUGGGCACGUUAAGGGACUGGGACAGACACAGACCUACAGACACGCCCUAUUUCCCACCGAGCAGAAUGCAGGCUCCUUAUCGUUGUGAAAAAACUAACAAAAAAGGAGAGGAUCCCAUUGGACCGUUUCAUAAUCUUCAGCAUCGUCAUGUGUCCAUCCGCCCGGCCUUGCAGAACUCUAGACCCAAGAAGAGAACUCUAUAACUAAGCUGGGAGGCGUCAGCCCUCUAAGUGACUUCCGCGGUGCCAGCCAUCCUUUAAAGACUUCAACACAUCUUUGUGUUUAAUAACCAUCAAGUGUGAAACAGUGCAAUAUGAUGGCCGCUUGAUGCUCAAGCAAGACUGAUUAUCAAGAUUCAGGCACAUUUUUUCUUACAAAUGUUUUAAAGAAUUUUAUAACAUGUUCCUCAUACUUACAGAUCAUAUAUACUUUAUGAGAAUACUGUAUAACGCAUCUUUAUUAGCGAUUGAAGAAAUUAAUUCCAUAGAGGUUUGACUGCGUGCUGAGUGAAAGGGCAGGACUCCAUAUUGGGAGCUCUGUGAUAGGUCAUUGUAAUUCUAAAAUGCAGAUGUAGAUGAAUACUAGCCUAUGAAUAUCUCUAAACUGUGCUUUAGGAUAUCUGUUUGUACUCAACGCAGCGCUCCGCUGCAGAGUAACUGAACCUCCUGUCUUCUGUAACAGUGUGUUUUUGAUAACCUUGUCAGUAUUACAUGACAGUAUGUACCAAUAAUUCCCCUUUUCCCUGUCCUCAUCUAUCACAGAGUUAAUUGUAUCAAAUCCUAUUUGUAUCUUCCUCCGCCUUUUUAUGUUCGAUUAACAUUUUCAGUUUAUCUUAUUGUAAAUUUACAGUUUUCAGAGCACAAGAUGA